AUGGCGUCACGUCCAAAGAGACUUAAAGUAAAUGACGAUACGGUACGUCAAUCAUUAGAWACUGAUGAUAGUGGAAGUUCAUUUAGUGAUUUCGAUGACACAGAUGAAGACSAAACYUACAACCCAAUUAUAACUUCUGAUUCAGAUGAACAAAGUGAAACCAGCGAUACCGAACAUUCACAAGACACAAUAUUACCGGUUUCAAAUCCUGGUGUUCAAAUUUGGUUAAAUGUAACAKGUGAGGUAUUAGCCGUCGAUGAGACAAUGGUACCUUUUCGUGGCAGAUUAUUAUUUAGACAAUAUAUACCGGGAAAAGCCCAUAAGUACGGUGUAAAAUUGUUUAAACUUUGCGGAACAAAUGGUUAUACUUAUAACGUUCAAGUUUAUGGAGGAAAGAGUCAAGUGGAUGGAAAGGGAUUGGGUUGUAGAGUUGUUCUAGAUCUAAGUAGAAGAUAUUUAAACAUGGGACGUACARUGGUCACGGAUAAUUUUUACACUUCAAUUACACUUGCAAACGAACUUUUAAVUWAUGAUACACACCUAGUUGGAACUCUGCGAUCAAAUAGAGUAAAAUUACCUGAAAUAACAAAAAAAAAGUUAAGUCCCGGRGAAAUAAUCGGAAAGGAAAAUUCAGACGGUAUUAUUGUUGCGAAAUGGCGUGAUAAAAGGGAUGUAACUAUGUUGUCAACAAAACAUAAUAUUGAUAUGAUUGACACAGGAAAAAAKAACAAAAAWAAAGAAUYGAUAGUUAAGCCUAAGAUAAUUGUCGACUACAACUCCGGAAAAGCGGGAAUUGAUCUAUUGGAUCAACUGUCUAGCUAUAGUACAGCUGUUCGUAAGUCUAUACGUUGGUACCAYAAGGUGGCGACAGAAAURCUGUUUGGAACUGCURUGKUAAAUGCUUUAAUAGUUUACAAUACAAUUAAUUCUGAUAAAAAAAUUAAGAUAACACAAUUUAGAGAAACAUUAGUUGAUACAAUACUCGGAUUAGACAAUCAAGGACCACAAGAAGUUCAACAAGCAAGAGUUAACAGCAAACACAUAUUUCAAGAAACAACAGAAAAAUGUGGUAGAAACAGAAAAAUCAGAAAGAGAUGUUUCCACUGCUAUCAAAGUAGAACAAUAAUAGUUGGAUUGAAACAGGCAUCGAAGGAAGUAAAAAAAUCACUACAUUCUGCGCACCAUGUAAAUCUUAUACAUGUAUAA